AUGAGCGGGGACGAGUUGGUUGUGGAUGUGGACAAGGCUCGGGCGGUGGUGGAAGACGACGGGCAAUGCGCGAUAUGUCUCGAGCUGCUCUACAAACCAUGUUGCCUCCCCUGCGGGCACGUCGCCUGCUUUUGGUGCGUCUUCAGAGCCAUGGAUUCCUUCCAGGACUCGGCGUGCCCGCUGUGCCGGCAGAGCUACCGGAACCUGGCACACCCGUGCGGGAAACUCCACGCCCUGCUGCAGCUGCUCUGUCCCGUCGAAUUCAGCCGCCGGGCCAGCGAGGUCCUCGAAUACGAGCAGCAACAGGGCGCGCAGUCCGUCGCCCUGCCCAUCGCGACGGACGUGGCCCUCGGUAGCGGCCUCAGCGCCAUCCAGGACGGCUCGAGAGCCUGCUCGGAGCGCCUGGCGGAGCUCCUCAAGUGCGACCACCCAACCUGCACCGCCAGCCUGACGUCCACCGCCGUCGUGCUCAACUGCGGACACGUCGUCUGCGGAGACCCGUGCGCUGCGGACUGCGCGACGACCAGAACGAUAUUCCCGGGGCCCGACGCCGCCCCCGCGGAGGUGGCGACGCGCACAGCGUGCCCCGCCUGCGGACAGGUCGCGGCGUCCUCCGCACACGCCGCCGACGGACUCGUGCCGUGCCGACUGCUCUCCGACGUCGCCCGCGCGGCGCUCGGCACCGGGGCCGCUCCGCCGGCCUCGCCGGUGCGUCCCGCGCGACCCCCCAACAACGCACACACCGGCCCCGCGCCCGCGGAGCCGUCCAGGGGCCAGUUCGUGCACUUCGGCGUCGGGUGCGACGCGUGCGGAUGCUACCCGAUCCGCGGGGCGCGGUACACGUGCCACGAGUGUCAGGCGGCGUGCUCAAUGGGGUUCGAUCUGUGUGGCGGAUGUUACGAAACGCUGUCAGCGGCUGACAUCAGGGGGCGAUUCAACCAGCACCACACCGCCGCCCACGAGCUCGUCGAGGUCCAGGGCCAGCAGAGCCUGCUCCACAUGCUCCAGGAACUCAACCCCGAGCUCUCGAUCCCGGACAUCGUGCGCCUCAUGCGCAUGCAGCAGGAUGAAGCAGCAGAGGAGGAGGAAGCACGCAACACCGCCGCCGCCAUGCAGCAGAACGACCCUCCGCUGCCGCUGUUCAAUCUCCCGGGGUCGGACAUCCAGAACGCGCCCCCGCCCGACAUGGGCGGCCAUCGCUGGACCGUGGACCUCGCCGCGGACGUCCAACGCUUGCAGGGCGCCCGGGCGGAGCGCGAGGCCCGCCAGCGCGACGACAGGGCCGUGACCUUCGCGGACCGCGACGGCGGGGACUCCGCGGAAGUCGACCUCUUCGGCCAGGGCGGCGCCAACCCCGCCGAGGCACUGGGGCUCUCAAUCGUCGAGGUCGCGGAGAUCAUGUCGCGCAUGUCGGCGCGCGCAAUGGACGUGACGCACGACUACCUGCCGGCGUCGCAGCUCACGCAGCUCUCCGACGACGAGUUCAACGCCGUCGCGGGCCUCCUCCUCAACAGCCGCGAACGCAUGUGGGCUGCCGAGCUCUCCACUUGGAUACGCGCCGGCGAGCAGGGCAGCCCCCCGCCGUGGCCACACGCAGGGGGAGUCACCAUCGACCCAGAUCGAAGGGCAACGGCCGACAACAGGGCCAGCCUGCAGGUGAUCGACAGCAGCGAGCAGGCGCAGCGGUACUGCCGACCUCGCGAGCGGGUUGCGUGGGAGCUCGCCAGGCGUCUCGGCCGCAGGGAGGUGCGAUCGCGCCCCGGGACCGCGUCGGUGUCGGAGGGGACGGAUUCUCCGCGGGACCCGCACCUGUCACGGCGGCAGUACAUGCGGCAGCGGCGGGCUGAGCAGGCCAGGAGCGCGGUGGAGCGAUCCGUCUCUGGCGGAGACACAGACUCAGAGGACGACGAUGACGACGACGGGCGGAUGCUGCUGUGA